CGCCCCAGAACUGCAGCCUGAGCAGAGCCAGGCACGCGCUCAGGCCGCGAACGCUGAAAAAUUGUUGGAAAAAUUAGAAAAAAUAACCAAACAGCAGAUCUCGUGGGUUCUGCCACGGCGGGAUUGUGCUCCGGGGUCCGGGAUGGACGCUUACCGGGACUCCAUGUCAGUCUGACUAAUGCGGGGCUGGAAAGUUUUUGAACGUCAGAAAAACGAGCUUCUAUUUUCUGUAGUGGUGCCAUGAAAUCUGAGAAACCAAUGUCAGUUAAAGGAAGGACAGUAAAGAUGCAGAAGAGUCUUUCCCACUCACCGCCAACCAUAGCUGUUGGGACUGGUUGAGGAGGAGCGAAAACCACAGUGAAGAAGAGGAGCAACCGCGGGAGAGAGAAGGAAGCUCGUUUUGACCAACAGAUUCCAGCUUACCUCCAUGUUCCCGCUGGAUUCUCGGCCCUUCCUGUGAGCUUUGAGUCUCUUGUUUUUCAGAAAACUCCCGCACCCACAUUGAGCCUGCGAGGCAGGGGAGCCACAAGUGGAUUUUCAUGGCAGCGGCACUCUAGGGCUGCCAUGGCAGCUGCUGCCGCCGAUGCCUCACACCGUAUUACCGCACUGACGCCGGAGGAAGAGGGACGACGCACUGCCGCCAAGCUGUUCGGGAGCACCGCCCCGCUGCCACGGACAGAGAGAGAGAGAGAGCGAGAGAGGGGGAAAGAGAGAGAGGGGCAAGAGGAAGAAGAGGAGGUAGGAAGGGCGAGCGGGAACGAGUGUCUGGUGUGUGGGGCCCUGUUGGCCUCACAGGAGAAGCUCCGCCUCCACGCCUUGAGUCACACGGGAGAGAAACCCUUCCACUGCUCGCAGCCACACUGUCCCAAAGCCUUCAGCUCCAAGUACAAACUCUUCAGGCAUAUGGCCACACACUCUCCACAGAAGACCCAUCAGUGCUCGUUCUGUGAGAAAAUGUUCCACCGCAAAGACCACCUGAAGAACCACCUGCAGACCCAUGACCCCAACAAGGAGGCCUUCAAAUGUGAGGAAUGUGGGAAGCACUACAACACCAAGCUGGGGUACAAGCGCCACGUGGCCAUGCACUCUGCAACUGCAGGGGAUUUAACAUGUAAAGUGUGCAUGCAGAGUUAUGAGAGCACGCCAAUUCUCCUGGAGCACCUCAAGAGCCACUCUGGGAAGUCCUCAGGCGGCGCCAAGGAGAAAAAACACCCUUGCGACCACUGUGACCGACGUUUCUACACACGGAAAGAUGUGAGACGGCACAUGGUGGUCCACACGGGCCGAAAGGACUUCCUGUGCCAGUACUGUGCCCAGCGCUUUGGCAGGAAAGAUCACCUGACGCGCCAUGUGAAGAAGAGCCACUCGCAGGAGCUGCUGAAGAUUAAGACGGAGCCUCCGGAUAUGUUAGGUCUUCUAGCUACGGGGUCUCCACCCUGCUCUGUGAAGGAGGAGCUUAGCCCCAUGAUGUGCGGCAUGGGGGCCAACAAAGACCCCAUGAUGGGCAAAUCGUUCCCCAGUGGAGCACCGUUUCCGAUGAGCAUGUACAACCCUCACCAUCUCCAGGCCAUGUCUAAUUCUGGGGUGGGUCACCCACACCCUUCCCUGAUGCCCAGCUCCUUGUCUGCAGCUAUGGGCAUGGGCUGUCACAUGGAAAGCCCAGCAUCAAUCCACCCACACUCCCAUCACCACCACCAUCAUCACCACCACCAUCAUCACCAUUCCCCUCCACUGCCCCCCCACCACCAGCCUGCGGCUCCCCAGCACCAGCCCCAGCCAACUCCCAAAUACCAGCUGGGAUCUACCUCAUACCUGCUGGACAAGCCUUUAAAAGUGGAGAUGGAGAGCUUCCUCAUGGAUCUGCAGAGUGGCUUGCCAGGCCCAAUUCCCUCUGCAGAGCCCCACGCUGCUGCCUCUCCCCCCAAGGACGGACUGGAGCCCAACUCGGGCCUGGCGGACGAGCUUUGCGGGGAUCCCCUCCUGUCCAAGAGCCCUGCGGUGAUCGCCGAGUCUCUGUGUGCUGCUAACAUGGACUUCUCCCACCUGCUGGGUUUUCUGCCCCUAAACCUUCCUCCCUACAGUGCCCCCAUGAGCACGGGAGGACUGGUCAUGGGCUACACCUCAUCUGCGACCUCCUCCUCCUCUUCCUCCUCUUCAUCUCUGCAUGCUGCCGAGCCCCAUGCCGCACCUCUUACCUCUUUGCAACCACAACCUCAGGAGCAGCAGAGCUCCAGCGGGGGUCUGGGCCUCGGACCCCUGCACCCCCUCCCACCAGUGUUCAGCUCCAGCCUUAGUACCACCACACUGCCUCGCUUCCACCAGGCCUUCCAGUGAAGAUAAGCAGCUGCUGCCCAGACAUGAAGGCCUCCACAUGGGCUCCUCCACGGGCUCACCUUAGAUAUGUCGGGCGGCGGUUCUUUACAGGACUUGAUCAAAAAGUUGGAGAAUUGGAGUAAAAAAUAAAUAAAUACGUACAUGAACACUUAGAAGCCUUAAAUGAAAGUGCGCACAAAAGCUUUUGAUUGAGCCUUAAAAGGAAGUUUAACCCGUUUGAUCAAAAAGGAAAAGGUGAGAAAAGAAGUUGAAGCAGCUUUUAUUUGGGCUUUUUUCCUUUAUGCUAUAGAUAUAACAAUGUAUUAACCCACGUUUUUUUAAUUUCCAUUUAUUUCCCCUUUUAUCUUCCCUUCCACCCCCUUCUUAGUAGUAUAGAGGCAGGAUCAGUAGGCCAAAAGGCGUGGUACUGCGUACUUUCUAAAGUAAUAAUAUAAAAAAAGUCAAAGAUAAGUUUUAGUGAAGAUUAUCUGUCUUGUGACCCAGGAAAAAAAAUAUAGUUUGAAGUGAAUAUUUUGUUUUAUUUUUCUUUUCCAAAUGUAAGAAGUUGGUAGAAAGUGUCUCAUCUUGAGCUUUGAGCCAGCGCAUGCUAACCACCGGGCUGAGGAGAGGAGAGAGUUUAGCCACACGGCUGAUCCACGCCUUCAGGAAAAGUGCUGUCGGCCAGCUCCCAGAGCCAGGUCGCCUCGGAAAACUGAGAGUGAGUGAUUAAAAACACCUUUUCUAAAGAAAAGACAGAAAAAUAAAUGUGAAAGUGUGAGCUUUACGCUUGCUUUCUUUUACUGUUCCUCAAGAGAAGCACUUUUUUUAAAAAGGCUAUUUUUAGCAGAAGGCACUUGAGUUCUGGUCUCCUCCCGCCCUCCUCGUACGAUCUGAGGUUUCUCUGCCUGGAACGGAAACGUCCUCAAAUCGUCUUCCCUCUAAACGUUUCCGUGCUCAUCAGACUUGCAGCUAUUUCCUACCUGGCCAACACAUGAUUUACUAUAUGUUAGGAACAUUUCCACAAACACAUCUUUUGGUAGUCUUUUAAAAAGAUGCAUCAUCAUGGUAUUGAUGAACCCUGAGAUAUGUGAAUGGCUUAAAAAAUAUAAAUAAGAGCGACAGAUGAGUUAAAAUGAGUUAAAGAAUGUUCUUGCAGUGUACGAAAUAUCUCAAAAAAGAAUAUUAUAAAUGCUUAUCUCAGUAAAGGUGUAUUUUAGACGUAUUAAAACUAAGUGACGAUGUUUUGAUGUCCGGCAGGUUUACAUUUGUGUGUAUCUUGCUUUUUUUUGUUUUUUUUGAUCAACAAAAGGAUGAAGUAUUAGCUUUUCCCCUCAAGCUUUCUCUGUCAUACCCAAACUUUUCCUCUUCGUGUACGUGAGUUUGUUUAGUAAAAUCAGAAGUGUGGAUGGGAAGUAUUUAUAGAAGGCAGGAUUUGAGUUACGUAGGUAGGGUGUGUCCUAGGGAUGCACCUGGAGCUGUGACCCUUCACCUACAGCCUGUAAAACCUAAAGUUAGACUUAAAUGAUCAUUCUGAUUUAUUUCAGGGGUGCACCAUAUUGAAUGUUUGCCAAUAUCUAAUGUGACGAUAUUUUCUGACUGAUUUUAACUGAUACUGGCAUGCUCAUUGAUCAUUAAAGAAAGCACGCCAAGCCUUUUCACCAUUUUUACCACUAUCAGUCCUCUUAACUUACCUUCUGUCAAACUGGGCCCAACGCUGCCCCUAGUGGUUACUCACAUAUUGCAGCCUGUGAACACAUAGCGUCAAUUUCCGAGGCUGUGCACACACAAUGUUUUAAACAAAUACAAAUGACCUGAUGCAGAAAUUACCAAGUGUACACACACAAUUAAAAGCAAGUAUAUUUUCAUAUGAUCCGCUCCGGUAAUUAUCCACAACCACAGUCUAAUUUGAUCCUUUGUGCAUGUUCGUGACGAGAUGCGUCCUGCAGAUGACGGCUCACUGAUAUCAACGUGCAUCCCUGAACUGUGUUUCCAUUAAUAUGCUUGUUGCUCAGGUGUGAUGAUUACUUCUCUCCUCUGUUAUUCAGUCAGGAAACAAGCAGGAACUCUGUUUUACUUUAACAAAACCUGAAAAAUAUUCAUUUAACAUGAAACAUAUAUCAGCGUGAUCUUUUUCUACCAGUUACCGUGGGAACGGCUGCAUGUUCGGUCUGUUCGAUCUUGUCUUCCAAAAGUUGUACAUUUAAUACAAGCACGAUGUUAAUGAGGAAGAUUCCAGGCUGAACAAACAGCAGUUUUUAGAGUUAAAUGCCAGACAGUGUUCGUCUCCCAUCUGGAAACCUUAUUUGAUUUUUAGAAGAAAACCCGCUUUCUUAGUUUUCAGUGGUUGCCAUGGUGACCCACAUACCAUCAAAUAAGAAUCAAAGAAAAGAAAAGAUCAUAGAAAAUUAAGAGAAAAAGACACACACUGCUGCUGUAGACCACUACGAAGAUGAUCUGACAACAUGCACAACCCGAGCCCCAUCUCCUCCUCCUCCUCCUCUUCUUCCUCCUCUGCCUCCUUCUCCUCCUGCUCUGCUUUCAGCUGCUUCGUAGAGUGAAAGGUAAAGGGUCUGAAAAUACGGUGACACCCGGGCGGGCGCGCGCAGCCAUCAAACCCUCAGCUUUGACAUUCAAAGCAGCAGGCGGGUCACGUGACUGCCGGCGUGGCGCAUCGCUUAUACUCGUUUAUUUGUUUGUUGUCAUAUGAUAUAUUAUUUUCUGUUUGUAUAAAACAGGACCUCAAAAACAACACAACACAUCACCUCAUUUUUAUUAUUUUAUUUUUCUUACCAAAACCUCGGGAGAAGAAACUACAUUUUUGAACAUUAGCUUAUUACAGUAUGUUACAUUAUAUAUAUAUAUAUAUAUAUAUAUAUAUAUAUAUAUAUACACUGUGGGAAGUCAAACUCUGACAAUGAGCAGCUGAUGAUCAUUCGACCAGGAACACCCUGAAUAUAAUAAAUAAGCACUGAUGUAGAAAAAGCUCCCGCACAGUCUGACUGUUUAACCCCGUCUAUUUUAUUAUCUGGGUUUAAGCUGAAUCUCAGCAUGGAAAAAGGAUCACUCGUGUAAAAUGAUGAACUUUAGAUUGAUCCUCAACACAUCAGCUGUCAGCACCUUUCUGAGAAUUUUCUACAGUAAAAAGUAAAAAAUGAAAAAAGCCGAGUGAAAUUUGAUCUUUAUAAAAGGUAGUUUUUUAAGAAAAACCUUCUUUGGUUAAAGCCAAAUCUGUAGCAAUCAAAUUGAGCAUUUAUAUUUUUAUAGCAAAUAUUCAUUUUGUCCUAAAAAGAAAGGAAAGAAAAGCUUUUGGCAUAAAGUUUGUCCUCCCCGGGUUUCUGUGAGCUAAUCUGAAUUCUAGCACUUUCAACCUUAAAAAAAAGAGUAUUUUUUUUCUUUUAAAAUUUCACCUUAUAUGUUCAUAUGUUUUUAAUUUUGUAUUGAUCCUGUAUAUGUAUGUGCCAUUAGUUUGAAGUGUAGACUUUAUCAACUUUUGUGUAUUUCUCUUCUCCAAAAGAAUAACAGUAUUUUUGAUAUAUGUUUCACUAAUAUCCUCCUGCAUAAGCCCCUCCCCCUUCUCCUUGUUCCUUUUCUUUAACCAGCUUUGCUUUCAUGAAUAUAUCAUGUCAAACUGCAGCCUGGUAGAAAACAGCAACAGCAUCGUUUUCAGUAGAGCGUUGAAUCCCUGAGCCGCUCGCUGGACAUCUGCUGCAACAAUGCCGGCCAUUUUUCCGCCUCGUAACAAAAAGCAUGAAGCGCAGGCCGCCCGCAUGAAAGCACGUAGUCUGGCAACCCACCUGUCUGAAGGGAUGACUUCAUGCUGACUCAUUUGUCAGAACACGGCUGUGCGGAUGUAAGAACUGCAGCUUUAACUGCAACGGGAGAAACUGGAUGUGAAAUUUUAAUUGUUGCUGCUUAACAUUUAGUAAUAAACUACAUUUAAAGAACAUGGACGUGUGGUCUGGUUGAACUCGUAGCUGCUACACGGUGCAGCCGGAUACGUACGGAGCUCCUUUUAUAGCAAACAGAAAAGGAAAUAAAGUGGCUAGAAAGUGACUUUAUUAAAUCCAAAUAAUAAGAUACCUUAAAUUCAGUAAAGCCCCGGAUGGAUCCAUUUCAGAUGGACAGAUUGGACGAUGAAUUCUGUGGUGUUCCAUCCGAUUUUCCGGCUGCAGGAUCUCUUAUGACUCAUCCAAACGAACCAAGACGGAAAACAGCAGCGAUAGAAAAACCAACAAAAAUAAAGCAUAAAGGUUUCACAGUAAAUCCAGCGGAGGCGGUUGAUGGCGUAGGACUGAAAUGACUCAGUCAGGCGAGUUUGCAGAAAUAAAAAAUAAUUUCAUAUUUAAUUUUCACAGGACAAGUUUUAAAAACAGACGUUCGCUGAAAACUGGGCUGGAAAAGGGACCAGAACCAGCCCAUUCAUUUCUAAUUCAUUAAGCUUCGGUACAGCUCUAGAAAAAUCUGAUACUAGUAUCACAGAAAGCAUUUAUUGAUGCUAAUUUAACCAUUUGUAGUUUUUAAAUUAACUUACAGGUCUUGACUCUUAGCUUCCAUGAAGAAUCUACAGGAUGCCACGAAGUCCCGUUUUCUGUAGCCAAUGAGAAUCCGCCGCUUGGGAAUUUAAAUUGGGCUAAAAUGCGAAUUAACUGUGAUUGUUUUUAGGAUGUUUAGGGAAAAGCUUUGAUUCCUGGGAAAGUAGUUCAGUUUUAGUUCCUGCCCCAGUAUGUUGUGAGUAAAUUUUGUAAAUGUAGUAAAGUUUUUUCACCUAGUAACAAUUCUGAGUAACUACAAAUAGUAACUAGUUAAAUAAGAAAUAGUUCAACUUUUUUUGUCGCAAUCAAAAUGUAAUUUUUGGUUUGAAUAAAAAUACCAAAAUUGUGAAAAUGAAGACUUAAUGUUUCCGUCAUUUUGGAUUACGCGUCUAACCCUCCAGUUCUGUCAUUUUGGCGGAAAUGUGCUUCUGUAGUUUGGGCUGAAACAGCAAAAAAAAAGCGACCUUGACCUCUGACCUCUGACAGGGAUGCUGUUCUGCUCUCCACCCGGGCUGUAGCUCCGUUACCUCCACCUGCACCUACUAGGGAUGCACUUAUCCUUCACCCUUUCCUCUUUACUAGUAGGUGCAGUACUCGUAUUUUAAGGGAAUCUGUUCUUCACUUUAAACCUGAGAAAAGUUUGAUUUUUAUUGCUCUGUCUCCCUCCCCUUUGUUUUGCCUUUAGUAAGGAACUGGGUAUGUCUGCUGCAGGCAACAUCCACAUGUAGUUUUAUGUAUUUCUAGCUUCAUGUAAGUCUUGCAUUCCAAACUCUUUGUCUAUCUUGUUAAGUGACGUAGCUCAUUUUACUUUUAUCACCUGCUACUAAAGCCACCUCUUGAAUAAACACGGUGACUGAAAACUGUCUGCUUUCACUGACCCGAUGUUUCAUAGCAUGGAGUUUAUCUUCUACAGGGAGAGUCAUGGAAACGAUUGGGAGAAAGAAAGAAAUACGUCUUGCUUUUUGUUACAUAUCUCACAUGCAAUCAGUUGCUGCAAUCUUUAAGUGACAGAUUUGUAUAUUGGUUGAUCCAAAGAGAUAAAGAACACAUCAACAGAACUCUGAGUAUUGUACAGUACCGUGUAUCUUUGACUUGUCAUGUGUUAUGUUGAAAUGAUUAAAAGACAAACCAGCAGUUUUA